CGCGUGAAACACACAUCCACAAAAACCCUUGAAAAUUGAAACCCCCAUUCGAAAUCCUGAAUCUCAAUAGAAACGCAAAAAUCCCUACAGAGAAAUGAUUCAAGCGGCGGCGAAGAGAGGCGCCUCCCUCUUAGGGUUAGGCUCACUGAGUUGUCAGCUGCAACAAUGGCGCGGCAUCCGGGUCAAAGUUCGGAACAACAAUUUGGAUCACGCGCUGCUUAUUAUGCAGAGGAAGAUGCAGUCGAGCGGGAUCGAGCGGAUGAUUAAGAUCGAGCAAACCACCCACAUUAAGAAGUCCGAGAAGCGCGUUUUGGCUAAGAAGACUCUUCAGUGCAAGCUCCGCUCUCAAGACCUCGCUCGCAAGCUCAAAGCCAUUCUCGUUCAGAAAGUCAGGGGUCUAUGAGAUUCUAUUUUGAAAGACGGUGCGCCCUGUUGGUUAAAGUUUCGCUCUACGUCGAAACAAACCUCGUGCAAAUAGACAAUGGAUCAUUUCUAAAGGUUUGUAACCGUAUAAUAAUAUCGUACUCUUUGUUUGUUUUUCAAGCUAGCAGAAGGCAAUCUAUCAGACGAUUGUAGUUCUUCUUCGACAUCGAUUUUUCUGCUCCCAUUGUGAAGGAUUUUUUUAUUUUCUUUUCUUCCCAGAGUUUCACUCUCUAUUAUCAUGUACAGAGUUUUUGGGAAAUUUA